CAUCCGGAGUCGAAGGAGUCGAGUUCUCUUUUGCAGACAGCAGUUUCGGUGUUGCAGAGCUCCUACUUGGACUCUACAUCUCAGGACGGUUUUCAGUACAGCCAAGCAAUCCUGGUGGAAAACGAUGUUUUUUUAAGUGAGCUCAAAGCUUUUGCCCAAGCAAAGGAAGCCGCCGGGUACAGCCAGGAGGAGCUGCAGGAGACCUUUGCAUUUCUCCUGUUUGAUAACGAAGAAGAGGCGAAAGAGGUGUGUCAGACAGGCCUCCGUGUAAACAGCAGCUCUAUUUCCACGCUUGGUGACCCAGCGAAAGGGGUUUAUAUUUCCAAGUAUGCAGACUGUCUUCAUCCAAAACCCUGGUAUCAUGGAAAAUCAGGCUAUAUCGUCAUCUGUAAGCUAAUUAAGGGGAAGGUCAAGGUGGUGUCUGAGAAUUACACAAUGUGCCCAUCUCCUGGCUACGACUGCCAUGUUGCCGUGAGCAGAAGCAACGUACCGUCAGAAACCAGCCACUGCCAGGCCUUCGAGCAGAGCCAGUAUUACGUGUACGAAGUGUCCAACGGCAGUGCUGCCGAGCGGCCCAGGCAGAUCUGCCCGUACAUAGUCAUCGCCUGCCAGUACAGGGAGCCGAAGGAAAUGCCUGUCUUGGCUAUGGAGAGUGUACCUGAGCUUAAUCACAAAGCGUUGUACUGUCCAUGGAGGGGACAGCUCUCCAUCCAGGGCCAGCUUUUGUGCAACAUCGCCCUGAGGACCCCAUACAGCUCCACGAUUCCAGCACAGCUGCCUCCCAAGCUGGACAUGAACCAUGUCAUGGGUUUGUCUGACUUGAAGAAAAAGCUACCAGAGGCUGCAUUUGGGAAAAGAAAUUACAUUGAGAAUGAAGUCUGUUUUCAAGGUGUUUACUUCAGUCUGUAUGAAGUAGAAAUAUCAAAUAAGGAUCAAUCUAAAAUGGAUCAGUUAGUAGAACACCUAAAGGAAAAGGACUUGGCAAUCAUCAAAUAUUUACAAGAUCAGGGAGUCCUUAUCCUCCUGACAUCCUCUGCCCUGGCACGAGAUGAUGGGUUCGACCCGAAGGAGCCUGUCAGCCUCCUGGCCCUCUUUCUGUUCACGUCAUCCCGGUCGGUGUGCCUAAGAGGUAGGGAGGUUCCCUUUGCUGGCUUCAGACACUCGUUUGGGUGUGGGUUCUCACAGUCAGAUUCUUCUUGAAGAGCUGGUUUCUCUGCUCAGAACCACCUACAGCUUUAUCACAA